AUAAACAAACUGAAGCAAAACAGAUUUGUUAAAGAAAAUAUUUUCAUACUUCCUGUGACAGUGAAUUCAAUUAUUACCAUAACACAAUUUAGACAAGAUUUCCGCGGUUGGGAAGACGGGAUUUCACUCGAAUAAUCUUUUUGGGACAUCUCAAAAAAAUCUAGCGAACUGUCGUGCACACGUUGCCACGCAUUCUUUCAUUGCUGCAUGACUCAGAAGCUCUACACAUAUGGAGCAAAAGCUUGCGGAGUUCAGGGCCCGAAGAAGGGCUGAUGUGGCCGCUAGGAAGAGCGAAUCUUUUCAAAAACAACCAAUAACAUAUUCGGACAAUGGCAGCACUUUGAAGUCGGACAGUUGCCAGUCAUCAACAGCUGAUCCAGACACACAGGAGUUGACAGAUAAUCCAAUCUCUGCUGUCCAUCAGGCUAUAAGGACUAAACAUUGGGGGGAUGACUGGCUGCUGGAGAGCACUCUGGGUCAAUGGCUUGGUUCAAAGCGGCUGGCUUUCACGAAUCUGACUUUGCUGAAGGUGUUGCUUUGGCUGGUUCUACUUGGGCUGUUUGCCGAGCUGGAAUUCGGGUUGCCUUUCUUCCUAAUCUCCCUCUUCUACUGGCUGUAUGAGGGGCUGCGGAGCCCAACUGCACGCCAACCUGGAGAAAUGAGUGCUUACUCAGUGUUCAACCCAGACUGUCAGCCUCUCCUGGGUGCACUUUCAGCUGAGCAGCUAGAGGGAGAGAUGGGCUACAGACCACUGGCCAACAGAUGAAACCCCUCAAGACACUCAAACAACUGACUUUAAUCUGAAAUGGAAUAGCUACUGUACUUUAAGCUUCCCAUUGUACUAAAAAGGAACUGGCAAUGUAUUUAUUUGAAUGAAGCACAUUGCUGGUAUUGAUUUUGAAGUCAAAUGGAGCCUAUUCCAUACUACAAGAUCAUUCACCACUAGUGCACAUUGAUGAUGCUGGAAAUGUACUAUCCGCUUGUAAAAUUGUAUUACUGUACUAGGACCUGCUCUUUACUAUUUUGGUAUUAAAACAUGUAAUAGUCAUCUGUAUUCAGAUGACACUUAUGUAUGCCAUUGCAAACUGUUAACCAGGCUAGAGCUGCAAUGUGAUUUUGUUGCCUUAUAGAAAGCCCUGGUUGGUUUAAAACUUGUACUUAAUGUGGGCAAGACGAAAUAUGUGUUCUCCAAUUCUAGCAAAACAAAUUCAGAUGAACUACAUAUUUAUUCAUUGGAUUGUUCUCCUAUUGAUCGGGUUCCUGCCUAUAAAUAUCUGGGCAUUCGGAUCGACAAAGAUCUAAUGUAAAAAAAAAUAUAUAUACACUUAUGGGUGAGCUAAUGAAAAAGCUGAGAUUUAAAGCGGGCUUCUUUUUUUUGGAAAUACAGUGCAUUUCAGAAAGUA